ACCGCUCAGACCCGGAAAUGUCAACACAACAAAACCAGAGGAAUAAAAACAUACAUGACCAGCGAUUCAAUCUCUAAAAUUAGUUUGAAAUGUUUUACUGUAUGUUAAUGUAUUUAUGAUAAGAGUACACACCGAAUAGUACUUGUAUAUUUAAUAAUCUAGCUAUGUUUUAAGUGUUUUUAAUAUAGUUCUUGUUCAUAAGACGCAGGAUGUUUGAGAACAUGUUUAAAUCAGGUUGUUUAGUUCGGACUGCUCAUGUGAUUCUGACCUGGCUCACAACUUUAGUCCUGUUUCUGCAUAACACAGAACGCAUCAAAUGGAUUACACUGAAGCGUAUGUGUUUAAGGUCCGGCGUCGUCUUUGCACCCACCUGGCAGCAGUGGUUCACUCAGAACGGAUUCCUGCUCGGGGCGUUUGCCGUGACGGCCGUGUUUUCGGUGGUCGUGCUGCUCCUGCUGUGCAUUCACCUGUACCUGGCCUCGGCGAACAGCACCACCUGGGAGUUCAUGUCACGCCAGCGCAUCGUGUACCUCAAACACUGCGACUCGGAGGAGAACCCGUUCGACAGAGGAGUCAUCUGCAACCUGUGGCACUUCUGCUGCGUCUGCGGGACGGUAGCAUGGGAGAGGAUCUACGUCAGACGCACCAACGGGGCUAAAUGACUGGAUUUUUUUAUCAAGGAAAAGUUCAUAGAACGAGUUCAGACCACUGAGUGUUUUAUUGAGCGUCUCUUUAGACCCAACAUUAAUCGUUUUUUACUAAUACUGAUGUGAUGUGGUUACUUGCAUCAUUUUAUGUAGUAAACCUGCAGGGAUAAAUAGGCCAUUAAUCAUCAUGUGCCACAAUUACUUAGUGCUUGGUAUUCAAAGAUGCAUUUGUUGCAUCAUGAUGUAUAUCUGUUCACAUAAUGAGGGACGGUUUGUAUAGUUCACAACAGUUUGUAUAGCUUUUUUAUUGGUUUAAGUUAAUUUUAUAUGUGACUAAAUAGACUUUCUAAAUAAAGACUCGCUAAUGAUUCUUAUAAGCCAGAAAAAAAUGCUUUAGUGAAUAAAGCUAAUUAGUCCUGAGCGGUUGCUGAAACACAAAUCUUCACUUUCAGUUUAUUUAUUCAUAUCUGUCUUGAUAUUAACCACAAACUUGGGAUUCGUGAGACUUGAAGCAAUGGGCAAACUUCCAA